GCCGCAAACCCAUCAAAUCCACGACUGUUUUACUUCACCGUCGCUGAAAGCGAUCAGAUUUGCCCUUCACCAUUUUCCUCCUAAAGACAUGGAGAGCGACGGCUUUCGGUGUUUAUGGGUAUCUCAACUUCACCACGAACGGUUUCAUGUCUUGGAUUCCAUUUUAGAGAACAUUCAAAGAAGUUCGACCCUGAAGAUAUGCAAGUACAAAUUGAUGGGACGACUUGUGUGGUUACUGGGGCCAAUUCUGGUGUCGCCACUGCAGAGGGCCUUGCUUGGCGUUUAGCGAGGAAAAAUUCGAUGGUGCUGAGCAAUAUGCACAAAACACGCGUCUGCAGGUUUUGGGGAAAACUUAGAACAAGCGAAGGAGCAGACACGAUAGUCUGGUUGGCAUUGUCGACACUCUCCAUUCCAUGGCUUCUCUCUAUCCUUCAAACCCGUCUUGGUGAUCGUAUCAGCGAUGCAGGUUAGAUUGAGUGAACUUGUU